GUUUGACAGUUUGACAAGGUGUUUGCAAAGCAAUUGCAAGAAAGUUAGAGCAUAUUUAAGUUUGGUCCUGAUUCAGCCUUUCCAGCAGUCAAGCAUCCUUCCUGAGUUGCCACAGCAACUUUCCCAGUCAGCUGCUAGUCUGGGAUCAUAUGUACAUAGAAGAAUACAUUGAAGAAGAUGAGGAACCACCUUUGCUGCUCAGCUCUUGUCCUCCUUGUGGUCUUCAGCUGUGGAGGGACUGCAGCAGUGCAGUGUCGGUGGGGGGAAGGGUGUGGGUGUCUGCAGUGCCCUGCAGGCCAGGAGCCAUCCAAGGCUUGUGGGCAGCCACAGAUUCCAGCAAAGGAAGUGCAAUGUCAGCCUUGCCCAGCUGGAACCUUUUCAGAUUCACCGGACACUAAACUGUGCCGACCUCACACCUCCUGCAAGAUCCUCGGCAAAAAGGUUGCAAUCUCCGGCACUGCAGACUCAGAUGCCGUCUGUGGGGACUGUUUGCUAGGUUUUCACUCCACUGCCACAGGGCAGGUUUCCACGCAGAGUCCCUGUGCGAAAACAGAGUCACAUAUCAGAGUGGUCCGUACGGUAGGGAAAGGUCCGUCCAGUGGUUCAGGAGGACCAGCCAACAGCACAGUCGUGCGCAGUCCAGAGGAGAAAACAGCAGAGUAUGCCGUGUUUGCUCUGGUGCCCGUCUUCUGUGUGAUGGGCCUGUUGGGUAUCCUCAUCUGCAACAUCCUGAAGAAGAAGGGUUACAACUGCACUGCUGAGAAGGAGGGAGGAGAUGAAGAGACUGCCACACCACAGAAAGAAGGUAACAGUUGUCCCUACAUAUCUGACGACCUGAAUGAAGACACCAUCAGUGUUCUGGUUCGCCUCAUAACUGAGAAAAAAGAGAACGCUGCUGCACUGGAGGAGCUGCUGCUGGAGUACGAGAGCAAACAGAUGAGCAAGGGCUCUAUUAAGUUCCCAAUGCUGUCUCCCCUGUCAACGCUCCGCGCCCUCCCCAGGGUUUGCCCCCAUCAGUCCCACCUCCACACCAUCUCCGGCCUCUCUGGGCUGGCCCCCAAACACGGCUACCGCUGCUCUCGCUGUGCCCAGAAAAAAUGGCCCCCUAUUCUCAUUCCUCCUCUGGAUUCUCUUAAAGAUCCACUGAAGCCCCCCCAAAGCCUCAUUCUGCCCUCUUUGGACAUACCCACGGACCAGCAGAAGAGCCCCCUGCUGGGGGGGGUGUGUGUGGACACACACCACACACAAACUGUCGUCGUGCCAAAAACUGUACAGGAUAAAGUGGAUGGGAGCGAAGUGAAGGAGAAGAAGGAGGGAGAGCAAACAGUGUUGUCUGUGGGGAGAUUUCAAGUCUCUCACAUCCAUGAGCACAAUCCCAGCACUUUAGAAACCAAAACAUCAUCCCAGGAGCAGAGGAACCCCUUGUUUGGAGGGAACCUUUUCUCUUCCUCUUCAUCAUCUGGUUUCAGAAGAUGAAGAGACUGAAAGAAGCUGCCCGAUGAUGCUACCUCAUGGAAGAUGACCUCAUCACCAUAAUGACAGCUUGACCACCGGGAUGGAGGAUGCUUUUAUAAUGACUUUCAAAAACCCAGCCUUCUCCUGCUGGAAGAAGUAGCUUCUGGUCCUGUGAUAAGAGAAAUAUCACAGUAUUUCUUAUCACAUGAGAACCCCCCCCAGAAAAAUAGCUAGUGUUCCUGCUGCCCUUGUGUCCCAGACAGACAUGGCUUUGAAAAGCCGCUUGGAUCCAAGUUUUUUUAACGCUUUGUGCUGAGCAAGUAUCACAAACUGACAUAAAAUAACUGAAGAGAAGUGAUCAAGCAAAGAGGACAUAAGAUUACAAAACAUAGAAGACCAUGAAAAUUUCAAAGCAACUUAGAAGAUAGAAAAGCAUUUCAUUUUCUGCCACAAAGUGCCACAGAAAAUACAAGAUUGAAUGUCGGAAAAAGAUUGAGAUGCUCAGCGUAACCGGCUCAUUCAUUUUGCUCUUACGGAAACUGCAGGUGACCUGACAUUUUUAGACCCUUAACGUGUUGAAUGUAGUCUUCACCGAAACUCACUGCAGGCACUGAGUUCAGUCAUUUAUGGAAAAGUCUUAAACUUUAGCCAGUAAACAGUAUUUCCUUUCCUUUGAAACAUCUGUGUGAUCAGUAGGGACAGAAAUGUUUGGAGUCAGUCCAGUAUUCAGUGAGAGUGCCAUAAACAGCAGUUGUGAAACGGCUGCAUCGCAAUCCAAAGAUGCAGUGGUCCGCACCAAAGGUAUGCUUGAUUUUAUCAUUAGCCUGCCAUGCUUUUGUAAAGUCCAAGUGUUGGUCAAAGAAAUUAUUUGAUUCAAUCAACUACUUACACUCUGCAGAUGCUUUUUGUGGUGUUGAAAAAGCUUAAUAAAAAAGCUUUAAAUCACAGAAAGUGCUCCAGUGUAGCUGCAGUCGUCCCGCCCACUGCGCAACAAACAAACAAGCAAAGAAUUAGCUCAAGCUCAAGCUCAAGUAUUAAGCCAACUUGAGCUUGCUCAUGUGCACUGAAAUUAGUCUGUGCAGAUUUGUUUUUCUCUAUUUCAAAGGUCAAGCUUUCUUGACGUAAGACACACUUGUCUCUAAAGGACACCGUAACCAUGAUGCACAGAAUUCCUACCAGAGCCUCGAAGUCUUUAAAACAAGCACUUUGACUUUGAUGUGGACACUCACCAUCCUGGAUCAAACCCUGCAGCUCUCCCUUCAUCACAGGACUUCAUCCAAACAUUUCUUGCUUAUUAAUCAUUUAGGUCCCAACAGUUAGCAAAAACCAGGCUUAGGUUUAAAAAAAAACAGCAAUUUUCCUUCAACCCUGAUUCAGUACAACUACCUGCAGUCAACAUGAAUAUUUUGUGUGUGUUUUACACUCUGAAUGGAUUCAAGUAGGUGAUCAGGAGCCAGCUUUUGUGUUCGAGGGGCUCCUCCUGUAAAACCACUGCAUCUCUGUGGUUUAUUUUGGGUUGCAGUUCUCAUUUGGGAUCUGAAGUGAAAAACUGAACACAAAGAGAUCUCACUUUCAUAGAACAAAACAUGUAAAUGAAUGUAAAUAUGUAAAUAUCAAGUACAGGAUGGCCCAUAUUACUUUGAUUUUUAUCAUUUUAAGACACGGUAUGUAAGAGGUCACACAAAGAUCCCCAUAACGGGAGAGACGGCUGCACUGCACCAGACACAUGAUUUACCAUCAACCCUGUCAUACACACAAACUGAAAUGCUGAUUGAAAUGAACAUGACAUGUUGUUAAACACCACUUAACAUGCCACUUAUUCUCUUUUCGCCAGAAAGAAAUCACUAAAUGCAGAGGCGCGUUUAUCUUUUGCAGCUAAUUGAAGAAACCAACUCAAGGCUGCAAAGAAUUAGUGGUUGAAAUGCCUCAAAGACGUACAGCUCAGCUGCCUUUAGUUUACAUCCUUGUGGGUUUUAAAGCAUGUACUAUAAUCAUGGAGGUUUUUUUUAACUACUCAUUUUCUUAUUAUGCUGUAAAGAAGAAUAUGACAACAUGUCCAGUGGACAGGAUAUUUAUUUUCUGAAGUUACAGUUACAUGUUUUCAUUUGAUCUGGUUUCGGUACUAUAGGGGGAGUUAACAUGAAAUGUUUUCAAGCUGAAGUGUUGCUGGUAGGAAGGAAGUACGAAAGAAUAAUACUCUGAUCAGAUUAGUGGCAUUUGUUUAUAUCAUAUUACAAUAUUUCUGUAUCAUGUUUUAAACUCUUGAAAUAAAGAACAGCUGUAUUUUAAAUGGUUUGCUGUUGCUGCAAGUGA